UCUCCCAUCUCAGUCAAACCGCAAUUUUACUCAAAACUACCGAAAACGACACACAUUUUACUCUCCCUGGAUUUUUAGGGUUUUCUUCUUCUCAAUUUUCACUAUUCUUUUCCUUUUCUUUUUCUCUUUUCUUCUCUUUAAACUUUAGAAUCGAGUUUACAUCUCACAGUUUGCUGUAGCUCCGACUUCUGAAGAUCCUCGAUCAAGGAGCUACUUUCUGGAAAAUGUGACUGUGAUUUUGGGUUUAAUCUUUGGAUUUACUUGAGGAUUAAGAAGAGACAUCUUUCAACUUCAAUCUUCGUUUUAUGCUGUAGACAAUAGUUGCUUUUGGUUUUAUUGAAGAAGAGUUAUGUUCUGAGGAAUGGCACUUAGGGUUCCGGCUCCAAAGGCAGCUGAGAUUGCAAUUAAUUCUAUUGGGCGUGGCUAUGAUGUAGCAGUUGAUCUGAGGCUGAAGUACUGUAAAGGUGAUUCCAAGGAUUCCCGGUUAAUCGAGAUUGAAGAUGGAGGUCUUGAGAUUGUUUUACCUGGUGGCAUUUCUAUCCCAAAUGUUUCCAAAUCAAUCAAAUGUGAUAAAGGGGAGCGUACUCGGUUUAGGUCUGAUGUUCUCUCUUUCCAACAGAUGGCAGAGCAGUUCAACCAGGAUAUAUCUUUGACUGGGAAGAUCCCAUCAGGUCUCUUCAAUUCUAUGUUUGAAUUCUCAAGCUGUUGGCAGAAAGAUGCUGCAUACACUAAGGCCCUUGCUUUUGAUGGGGUAUUCAUUACUCUCUACACGGUUGCAUUGCAAAAAUCUCAAAUAGUACUCCGUGAUCAUGUAAAGAAAGCUGUCCCAUCAUCUUGGGAACCUGCUGCACUAGCAAGGUUUAUCGAGACAUAUGGUACCCAUAUUAUUGUUGGCGUGAAGAUGGGAGGGAAGGAUGUAAUUUAUGCAAAGCAGCAGCAUUCCUCAAAUCUUCAACCUGCUGAUGUACAGAAAAUGUUAAAAGAAAUGGCAGAUAGGAGGUUUUUAGAUUCCAGUGGACAAAAUAGCAUGGCUUCUGAACAAAUUUACGCAAAUGACAAGUUUGAAAUAAGGGAGCAGCGGCUUAGGUUUGCACAUAACAGUCCAUCGAGUUCGUACGCACAUAAACAGGACAUUGUCAGCAUUUGCAAGAGGAGAGGUGGAAGUGACAAUCGGAACCUACCUCAUAACGAAUGGCUGCAUACUGUUCAGUUGGAGCCUGAUGUGAUCUCAAUGUCAUUUAUUCCGAUAACUUCUUUGUUGAAUGGAGUACCAGGAAGUGGAUUCUUGAGUCAUGCCAUAAAUCUUUAUUUGCGAUAUAAACCACCAAUUGAAGAACUACAUCAGUUUUUGGAAUUUCAACUGCCAAGGCAUUGGGCACCAGUAUUUAGUGAACUUCCCCUUGGUCCACAAAGGAAGCAACAAAGUACUGCAUCUUUACAGUUCAGUUUCAUGGGGCCCAAGCUCCAUGUGAACACCGCUCCGGUUGAUGUGGGUAAGAGGCCAGUGACUGGCCUACGGCUUUAUCUAGAAGGUAGAAGAAGCAACUGCUUGGCCAUCCACUUGCAGCACCUUUCUUCUCUUCCCAAAGUCAUCCAGCUCGAAGAUGACCCAAAUGGCAACUUCCGCCAGGAGUCCCACGAUCGGAAAUACUUUGAGAAAGUUUAUUGGAAGAACUAUUCUCAUGUCUGCACUGCACCUGUGGAGUCUGAUGAGGAUCUUUCCAUCGUAACUGGAGCCCAGCUUCAAGUUGAGAACUAUGGGUUCAAAAAUAUCCUCUUCCUACGCCUGCGCUUCUCUACUGUUCUGGGGGCCUUGGUCCAUAAACACCCAGAAUGGGAUGGAUCACCAGGGUUAGCGCCAAAAUCUGGACUUAUUUCAACACUAAUCAGCCAUCACUUCACGACUGUUCAGAAGCCACCUCCUCGCCCGGCUGAUGUGAAUAUAAAUUCAGCAGUCUACCCUGGGGGACCUCCAGUUCCAGUCCAAGCUCCUAAGCUUUUAAAAUUUGUCGAUACAACAGAGAUGAGCAGAGGACCGCAAGAGAGUCCAGGGUAUUGGGUUGUUUCUGGGGCAAGACUAGUUGUAGAGAAGGGGAGGAUCUCUCUCCGGGUAAAGUAUUCUUUACUAACUGUUAUAUUACCUGAUGAAGAAGAUGUAGAGGAGCACUAGCGGAUUCUUUUAUCCUUUGGUUGCUCUCUGGGCAGUUGAUGAGAGAGAAGUUAAAAAGAAAGAAAGAAAGAAAGGAAAGAAAGAAAGAAAGAAAGAAAGGAGAGAAAUUUAAAAGGGGGAGGAAGAUUGAGAGUGGGCCAAAAUGUUGGAAUGGAGGAAAAGAGGUGAGUAGUGAUUGAUGGGAUGGUGAAUCAAGGUUGGCUGUUUUGUUGUUUGUGAGUUCACCACCUGUAAUUUUUGGUGUAUGGUAAUGUAGAUUCUUUUUUUUUUUUUUUUCACCUGUUGAUAUCUGCUUUUGUA